CGGGGCGGCGUGACACAGCGGCAGGAGCACCACCACCAGCUGUGACCCGAACCGGAUUUGAUUCCACUCGCCGCCGCCGCCGGCCCUAACCGCCGUCCUUCGAGCUCUGCCGCCGCCGCCGCCGCCAUGGCGCUCAGCGAUGCCGACGUCCAGAAGCAGAUCAAGCAUAUGAUGGCUUUCAUUGAGCAGGAAGCCAAUGAAAAGGCUGAAGAAAUAGAUGCAAAGGCAGAAGAAGAAUUCAACAUUGAGAAGGGUCGCCUUGUUCAGACACAGAGGCUGAAAAUCAUGGAGUAUUAUGAAAAGAAGGAGAAACAAAUUGAACAGCAGAAGAAAAUUCAGAUGUCCAACCUGAUGAAUCAGGCAAGACUGAAGGUCCUCAAGGCAAGGGAUGACCUUAUUGCAGAUUUGCUGAAUGAGGCCAAGCAGAGACUUGCCAAGGUGGUGAAGGAUACUGCCAGGUACCAGACACUGCUGGAUGGGCUCGUUCUACAGGGAUUCUACCAGCUGCUUGAGCCCAGACUAGUUGUUCGGUGCAGGAAACAGGAUCUCCCUAUGGUUAAGACUGCUGUACAGAAGAGCAUUCCCAUCUACAAAAAUGCCACAAAAAGUACUGUGGAUGUUCACAUUGACCAAGACAACUUCCUGCCAGAAGAAAUUGCUGGAGGUGUUGAAAUCUAUAACAGUGAUGGUAAAAUUAAGGUUUCCAAUACCCUGGAAAGUCGGCUGGACCUUGUAGCCCAGCAGAUGAUGCCAGAAAUCAGAGUGGCUCUCUUUGGUGCUAAUGCCAACAGGAAAUUCUUGGACUAAACCUCUAUGAGAGAAGGUGGGAUCUGUUCCACUGCCAUACUGAGGGGGAUGCAAAAGCAUCUGCUAACUUAAGAUCUUGAAAUAUAACAUUACCUUGUCAUCCAAUAACUGUUCUUCAAUGGAAUAAUUUUGCAUACCUGCUGUGCUUAGCUUCUCUACUUGUGGUUAGAAUGUAUUGCUUAAAGGAUGUGAAGACAUGCAUACUCCCCCAGAAGUGACACUAGAAAAUGAAGGCAUUUGGGCUCUUGGCUUUCCUUGCGCUAUAAAGGACAAGCUAUAAAGACAAGCAGUCCGUUCAGGGUCACUCCCUUUGCUUUGGCCACAUCUCUUUCAAGUUGUUUAAUAUGAGAAGUAAAUUACUAUGCUGCUGACGAAAUCCCUUUUCAGUUAAGGUCUUCAGUGUGAUAGAGGGCAUGCAUUCGUUCCCAGCGUUAGUGGUUUAAUUCAUGUUAAUUGGUCAGGCAUUUUUCUGUUCUGUAUAUGUGAUUUAAAAAAAAAAAAGCCUGAGCCUGUAAAACUGUAUUUAUUAAAAUAAAAAUAUUUGUGUGUGUAUGGA